CGCUCGGCGGUGGAUGGAGGACUGAGCAGCCGGGCGCGAGCGAAAACAAACAGCUGGGGCUGCGAGCGCCCCCGCCCCGGCCCCGAGCGCACACUCCGGCCCGGGCCCCCCUACCCGGGCGCCCGGCCGCCCACCAUGAGGAAGAUCCGCGCCAAUGCCAUCGCCAUCCUGACCGUAGCCUGGAUCCUGGGCACUUUCUACUACUUAUGGCAGGACAACCGAGCCCACGCAGCAUCCUCGGGCAGCCGGGGCGCGCCGAGGGCCGGCGGGAGGCCGGAGCCGCUCCGCGAGGACCGCACCAUCCCGCUCAUUGUGACCGGCACGCCCUCUAGAGGCUUUGACGAGAAGGCGUACCUGUCGGCCAAGCUGCUGAAGGCUGGCGAGGACCCCUACAGGCAGCACGCCUUCAACCAGCUGGAGAGCGACAAGCUGAGCCCGGACCGGCCCAUCCGGGACACCCGCCACUACAGUUGCCCCUCAGUGUCCUACUCCUCGGACCUGCCGGCCACCAGCGUCAUCAUCACCUUCCACAACGAGGCGCGCUCCACGCUCCUGCGCACGGUGAAGAGUGUCCUGAACCGAACUCCGGCCAGCCUGAUCCAGGAGAUUAUUUUAGUGGAUGACUUCAGUUCAGACCCUGAAGACUGUCUGCUCCUCACCAGGAUCUCCAAGGUCAAGUGUCUCCGCAAUGACCGGCGGGAAGGGCUCAUCCGGUCCCGGGUCCGCGGGGCCGACGUGGCCACGGCUUCUGUGCUCACCUUCCUGGACAGCCACUGCGAAGUGAACACGGAGUGGCUGCCGCCCAUGCUGCAGCGGGUCAAAGAGGACCACACCCGGGUGGUGAGCCCCAUCAUCGACGUCAUCAGCCUGGAUAACUUUGCUUACCUUGCUGCAUCUGCUGACCUUCGAGGAGGAUUUGACUGGAGCCUGCAUUUCAAGUGGGAGCAGAUCCCUCUGGAGCAGAAGAUUGCUCGGACAGACCCCACCCAGCCUAUCAGGACUCCCGUCAUAGCUGGGGGCAUCUUCGUGAUCGACAAGUCCUGGUUUAACCACCUGGGGAAGUACGAUGCCCAGAUGGACAUCUGGGGGGGAGAGAAUUUCGAGCUCUCCUUCAGGGUGUGGAUGUGUGGUGGGAGCCUGGAGAUCUUGCCCUGCAGCCGGGUGGGCCACGUCUUCAGGAAGCGGCACCCCUACAACUUCCCUGAGGGCAACGCCCUCACCUACAUCCGGAACACCAAGCGCACGGCAGAAGUGUGGAUGGAUGAAUACAAGCAGUAUUACUACGAGGCCCGGCCGUCAGCCAUUGGGAAGGCCUUCGGCAGCGUGGCCACACGGAUUGAGCAGCGGAAGAAGCUGAACUGCAAAUCCUUCCGCUGGUACCUGGAGAACGUCUACCCAGAGCUCACCAUCCCGGUCAAGGAAGUGCUCCCCGGCAUCUUUAAGCAGGGCGUGAAUUGCUUAGAAUCCCAGGGCCAGGACAACUUCCAGCUCGGAAUGGGGCCCUGCAGAGGGAGUGCCAAGAACCCCCCAGCGUCCCAGGCCUGGCUGUUCAGCGAGCAUCUCAUCCAGCAGCAGGGCAAGUGCCUCACGGCCGCCUCCAGCUCAGAUCCCCAGGACGCCCCGGUCACGCUGCAGACGUGCAACCCGAGGGAAGGCAAGCAGAGAUGGCGGCGGAAAGCUUCCUCCAUCCAGCAUUCCGUCAGCGGCCUCUGCCUGGAGGUGAAGUCGGACCAGCUAGUGACCAGCAAGUGCCAGGCCGACGCCCCUGGGCAGCAGUGGCAGUUGUUGCCCCAUACCUGAUGGCAGCCCCGGGGCCUCCUGUACCUUUUGCAUGAGACUUGGGGGACCGGAAGGGGUUAGGGUGGGAGAGUGUAAAGCGGGCCCUUUCCAUCGCCUCACAUUUCUGCCGGGAUCAUCAGCCAACACCCCGCCAUGAUGUGAUUGUCCAAAGUCUGCACAGGGAGGGCGUCCCCCACCCCACCCCAGGCCGGACGGACAGAUGCUGAAUCGCCGAGAGGCAGAGACUGAGCCUUCGCCCCCUCCUGGGGACCUCCCUGGGGGGCGGGGGGUGGGAGGUUGGGGUGGGGCAGGAGGAGGGGGCCAGGGCAAGGUGUGGGGGGCAAGAAUGAGGGGCUCAGGCCACUCCCUGGCAGGUGCUGGAUGGGGCGCAGGAAGGAUGGAAUCGAGGCCACAGCACGGGCAGUUGGCAGCAGGCUGUGAAGGGGAGAGCCCCCACUUUAUGAGCCCGAGGCUGCCACAGGACACGGCUUAUGAAGCACCUCUGUUCGGCCACGUGUCCGGCCAAGACCUCUCCCUUGGACCUCAGUGACCAGCCAGGCGACCCCUGUGCCCCGCUGGGCAACCCCAUCCUGCUCUGAAGUUUCCACUCCUGCUACUCAAAGCCUCUGUACAAACUGCAUCCCUUAAGGGGCCAGGGGGCCCCUAAGAACCUGAAGCCCCAAACCCUCCCCCCCACCCCACGUCAUGGAGGGCCACAUCCUCCCACCCAGGCCUUACCCACCCUGCCCCACUGCCGGAGGAGGCGCUUGAGUCCCACAGGGCCGGAAGCUGCCCAGGGGCCCCUGUCAGUGUCCCCCGCUCUGUCUGCUCUCCGCCCCUGGGCCUCUGCUCCGACGCCGAAGCCUUAUCCUGGAGCUGCUUCUGUGGCCUCAGCCACCCCCAGCACCACCCUCGGUCAGGCCAUGUGGUACCAGAACCCCCGGGGGAUGGGGGGGUCCCUUCCCAAAGCAAACCAGCCAACGGUGGCCACACUGCCCCAGGAGCCCCCAGGCCUCAUCACGAGGGUAUACUGAUCCCCUGGCGAGCUCAUGGAUUCUAGAAGGCCCGGGAGCCUCCUGCGCUGCCCCCUGCUGCCCCCCACCUAUAUUGCAUGUGUGUGCAUAGAUGCAUUUUCCUCGGAAAGAGAGGCCCCUGGCUUGCCCCAGCAUCUUCCAGCUUCUUCCCGGUCCCCGGGGGUCUUGGGCCUCGGCUCUGAGCCAAGCUGCCGGGUCUCUCCCUGUCCCCACUGUGCCUAAACCACCACCUCGGCGCCCUCCACGUGGCCUUUGUGGGGGGAGGGGGGCACACGCUCUGCCCGGAGAUUUCUUCACUGGUUUCCUGCCCCUCCGGGUCUCCUGCUGUCCUUCACCUCCCGGGGCCCCAGUGCUCACCGCCCCCCGGCCCCCCACUACCACCACACUUCUCCCCUGCUCUGUCGUGACCUCUCAGCCACGGCCACCUCCAGCGUGCGUGUCCACGGGGGCGACGGCGGGGGGCCCUACAGGGAGGGGGCUAGGACUCGAUCGCCGAAUGUAGGAGGGCGGGCAGGCAGCCCACGAGCGCCGUGGCUCUCAGCCCUGUUCUGGUUCUGCUUUUCCUCUUUCUUGACCAAAGCAUGUGCUACUCGCUGUUCGUGAGGACCUGUCUGCAAACGUGCCGGAAUAAAUCUCUUCACCCUGA